GACGAGGCGGCCGGGCCUGGCUGUUUUGCUCCUUCCCCCUCCUGGCUGCCCUGGCAGUGUGUUUGAGGGUUGGCCGUGGAUUCCUCGCAGCCCUCCUGGGAGGUGCAGGAGAGGCCUUUGGCAGCCUGGGGCAUGUUGGAGCUGUCCUGUAAGGGCAUGUGGGAAGUCCAAGAAGGGAGGAUGGACCAGCCCAGUGGAAGGAGUUUCAUGCAAGUUCUCUGUGAGAAAUACAGCCCCGAAAACUUCCCCUAUCGCCGUGGGCCUGGCAUGGGGGUGCACGUCCCAGCAACUCCACAGGGCUCACCCAUGAAAGAUCGCCUGAACCUCCCGAGCGUGCUGGUGCUGAACAGCUGUGGCAUCACCUGUGCCGGGGACGAGAACGAGAUCGCCGCCUUCUGCGCCCACGUCUUUGAGCUCGACCUCUCUGACAACAAGCUGGAAGACUGGCACGAGGUCAGUAAAAUUGUGUCCAACGUUCCCCACUUGGAGUUUCUAAACUUGAGUUCCAACCCUCUCAGUUUGUCCGUUCUAGAGAGAAGUUGUGCUGGGUCCUUCGCCGGCGUUCGCAAACUUGUGCUCAACAACAGCAAAGCUUCCUGGGAAACAGUGCACACCAUCCUGCAGGAAUUACCUGACUUGGAGGAGCUCUUCCUGUGCCUUAAUGACUACGAAACAGUGUCUUGUUCUCCUGUUUGCUGCCAGUCUCUCAAACUGCUCCACAUAACUGACAAUAAUCUUCAAGACUGGACUGAAAUUCGAAAGUUGGGAAUUAUGUUUCCAUCCCUGGACACACUUAUUCUGGCUAACAACAACCUCACCACCAUUGAAGAGUCAGAAGAUUCCCUGGCAAGGCUGUUCCCCAACCUGAGAUCCAUCAACUUGCACAAAUCAGGUCUGCACUGCUGGGAAGACAUUGACAAGUUAAAUUCUUUUCCCAAGCUCGAGGAAGUGAAACUGCUGGGAAUUCCUUUGCUGCAGUCCUACACCACCGAGGAGCGCAGGAAGCUGCUAAUAGCCAGGUUGCCAUCCAUCAUCAAGCUCAACGGGAGCAUCGUUGCCGAUGGGGAGCGAGAGGACUCGGAGCGAUUCUUCAUCCGAUAUUACAUGGAGUUCCCGGAGGAGGAGGUGCCAUUCAGGUAUCACGAGCUGGUCACCAAGUACGGGAAGCUGGAGCCCUUGGCCGUGGUGGAUCUUCGUCCUCAGAGCAGCGCGAAGGUGGAGGUUCACUUCCAGGACAAGGUGGAGGAGAUGUCCAUCCGCCUCGACCAGACUGUGGCAGAGCUGAAGAAGCACUUAAAAACUGUGGUGCAGCUGUCCACGAGCAACAUGCUGCUCUUCUACUUGGACCAGGAGGCUCCCUUCGGCCCCGAGGAGAUGAAGUACAGCUCCCGAGCGCUGCAUUCCUACGGCAUCCGGGAUGGGGAUAAAAUCUACGUGGAGCCCAGAAUGAAAUAACCUCUCUUGACCACACACAUGCCCCCAGCACACCCACACACAUGCAUUAAGGGGUUUUUGCAAGGUUUUUGUUUCAGUUGGUUGGUUGAGGUUUGGUUGUGUUUCUGUAGCAGGUGAUUUCUUAGCCCGGAGGAGGUGCCCUGACGUGAGAACCAAUGCCCACCAUCCGCUGCAGGUGACCUUGAGGUGACAAUUGACUUCAGUAGGUGUGUUUCAGUGUGGGCAAUACCUUGAUGUUUCCUUUGAUGCUCCGGUAUACUCGUGAUUUGGCGUGAAUGGUCAGUUGUUCAAGCUAAGGAAUGCCAGGGUCCAUAAGGGAGACGACAGCUCGGUGCAGAAUUUGACCUGUUGUUUUCUUUUCCUAAGUUUUUGGUGUUUUGCUCCACCAGAGCUCCCUUUGGCCUCGCUACCCGACUGUGGCUCGAGCUUGCUGAAGUAUUUUCUUGCAGCUUGGUGCUGUCUCAACCUUUUGUUGUGCUCGAGUUCACAGACAAGAUCUCCAACAGUAUUUAUUCCGCUUGAUUCAGAGCUCAGGUACUUAGUGCAUCCACUUCACUCCGCUGGUUUGGUUUCUAGGAGUGCACAAAAUGGGGGAAAGAAAGAGGAUUUAGCAGAAAGAAACUUUCUUUUCAGAACACACGCCCUGUAUCCACUUGUUUUGGGGGGAUAAAAGGAAGUUUUGGUGGCUGUACCCGUCUCACCCUGUGUCUGCAGCCUGUAGCACUGGCAGGCUGGGGGCAAAGGGACCCUUGGGCGUGCUACAAAGUGGAUUUUGGGGUGUGGUGGGAUGGGUGUAGCGUUGGAAGGGCUUUUAGAGUAACAGGUCAGCGAGGGGUUGAAGAGCUUCCCCCACUGGCUGUCAUCCAUCCUGAUGCUGAAGAGAUCCUCCAUGCACUUAAACCUUGGGCCAGCUGGUACUGAACGUGGAAUGGCUAAAAGUCCUCUCCGGGGAGGAGAGGAAGAGUGAAGUUGAAGUUUGUGUUUGUUGCUGUUGCACCAGAAUUCAAACCUUAGCACUUUCCCCGGGGCCCCUGGCUGGGGGUCCCUGCUUAGGGUCCGAGCCAGGACAAUGUGUCGGCUCGGACCAGUUCCUACAAGUUGAGUAACAAAGCAACCAGACUCAUGUUUGUUGUUCAGCAGGUUUUUCACUAUUGGCUUCCCCCACCUUGUGCUGCUGCUUAAGUUAGCCCCUGUUUUCUGCUGCAGAGCAGAUUCCUGUUCAGUGAAAUCCUCCUUCCUUUCUAUCUCGUUUCCCUUCCCUGCGUCUUCCCUUGUUCCUCUGCUCCCUGACAAGUUGAAGACUUUUCAGAUUUCCUAGUUACAAGCAGCUGCAUAAAAGUUUUUGAAGCUGUGCAGUGAGGGCUCUAGUUACACAUGAACUCCUGACCUUAAUUUUGAAAUGCUCCCUUGUCCCCACGUGCACUUUCUUUCCCAUGAUGCUUCUAUCCACAUCACCAAGCUCCUUUGAUAUCUCUGGAGUUGUGUAUUUCUCUUCAUAUUUCACCUAGAAAGUGGGGUGGGGUAGGAUGGGGAGGGGGUGAAGUGUUGUCUCAUAGUCUUCAGGUUCAGGAUGUGGGGAUAGUUCAGAGGGGGGGAGUAGUUCCUCAUCCAAAGUAAGCAUUAAAAACGGGAGGAUUUAAGACAAAUUAUUAAUGUGUGCCUCACCCCCCUGCCAAAAAUACCAAUUUCUUGGCCCCGUUGAGAUGAGCAAUAGGAAAGGGAGCAAGACUUUCCACAGGUAGCAUAGAGACCACAGCGUGCACCUGCAGGGCUGUGGUACCUGUAAAACUAAACAGCAGGGAGGUAGUGGCAGUGUAACGUAAAAUGAUGCUUUUAUAAGCUAGAGCUUUACUGAAGAUGUAUUUUCCGUUGUGGGCAGUGAAAGUAAUUUGCUGCCUUAUAGCAGAACUCUUAAGCCAACACUUUCUGUAUGAUAUAUAUACAUACCUACGGAUAGGAAAAGUUGUGGUUAAUAAGAUAUUUUGUUAUAAAGCAAAGUUUUAUGAAGAUAUGGUUGUUUAAUAUUAGAAACCUAUUUCAGCCCUUGACCUCCAGUGUAAGUAGGUUGUCCCUGAGUCGCUGCAGUGUCCGAGGUAAGCGACCAAGAGGGAUGCAAAAGUAUCUCUGACCUAAUUCUGUAGAGCAGUGAUUGCCUCUGUGGGUGUAUUUAUGGCACUGUACCUGCUAUUAAUGAGAUGCUGUAACUCUUGACCAACUUCCUCAGCACAAUUAAGUGUCUCGGUUUCAGAGAAGGGAAUAAACAAAGACCAUUAAAGAGCUGAACGGGAUGAUAAAGAA